CCCACGGGGUGCGUGCGGUGAGGCCGCUGGGCAGCAGAGGCACCUCCCCUGAGAAGCCAGCAGGGCGGCGUCCCGCGGGGAGGAUGAGCGGCACGGGCGCCCGGUCCAGCCACCUGUCCCAGCCGGUUGUGAAGAGCGUGCUGGUGUACCGCAACGGGGACCCGUUCUUCGCGGGGCGCCGCGUCGUCAUCCACGAGAAGAAGGUGUCCAGCUUCGACGUCUUUCUGAAGGAGGUGACGGGCGGCGUUCAGGCGCCCUUUGGGGCCGUCAGGAACAUCUACACCCCGCGGACCGGGCACCGCAUCCGGAAGCUCGACCAGAUCCAGAGCGGAGGCAACUACGUGGCCGGGGGCCCGGAAGCCUUCAAGAAGCUCAAUUACUUGGACAUAGGAGAAAUGAAGAAGAGACCUAUGGAAGUUGUUAAUACAGAGGUGAAGCCGGUAAUGCACAGCAGAAUCAACGUGUCUGCUCGCUUUAGAAAACCCCUUCAGGAGCCCUGCACCAUCUUCUUGAUUGCAAAUGGAGACCUCGUAAGUCCGGUUUCUCGCCUCCUCAUCCCCAGAAAAACCUUGAAUCAGUGGGAUCAUGUGCUACAAAUGGUCACAGAAAAAGUAACUCUGAGGAGUGGGGCUGUCCACAGACUUUACACGUUAGAAGGAAAACUUGUUGAGAGCGGGGCCGAGUUGGAGAAUGGGCGGUUUUAUGUGGCUGUCGGCAGAGAUAAGUUUAAGAAAUUGCCUUACGGUGAAUUACUUUUUGACAAGUCCACCAUGAGAAGGUCCUAUGGGAAAUGUCAUGCAUUUGUGAAAAGUGCCUUAUUUCCGCUGAGCAGAGGGCUGGCCCCCGGCAGAUGCAGGCACCCCCUGGCUUGCUCAUGUCAGAAAGCUUCUUCACUACCUCCUAUUGUAGGAUCCAGAAAGUCUAAAGGGAGUGGAAAUGAUCGUCAAUCCAAGUCAACGGUUGGAUCCAGCGACCACGCUUCCCCUCAGCCCCCAAAGAGGAAAGGGAAAAAAGAGGAGGUGAAUUUGGAAAAACCCAAGAAAGGGAAACAAAACGUAAAGUCAAAGAACUCACCACAAAUAAGUCCAAACAGUGAUGAAGGCGUUUUCAAAGCUGGAGCAGAGAGGUCUGAGACACGGGGGGCAGCAGAAGUCCAAGAAGAUGAAGACACUCAAGUUGAGAUCCCAGUUGACCAGAGGCCAGCGGAAAUAGUAGAUGAGGAAGAAGACGGAGAAAAGGCAAACAAGGAUGCAGAGCAGAAAGAAGAUUUUUCGGGAAUGAAUGGUGAAGUUGAAGCAGGAGGAGAGAAGGAGACUACAGAUGCCUCUGAGCAAGUCGGGGGGCUCCCGGCUCACAGUGAGGAGCCGGCGGCUCCCGCCCGCGUUAACGGAGGCACCAAUGAAGAAAAUGGCGAGGAGCUGGAUCCGGUUAAUACUGAGCCUCAGGAGGCAGUGGAUGAGGAAGUAAAGUCGCAAGGAGCUGGCAGUGGACAAGAUGAGGCUGACUUAGACCCUCAAAGACCACCAAGACCAGAAGUAAAAAUCACGAGUCCGCAAGAAAAUGAGAACAACGAACAAAACGAGGACUAUGCUGUCGUAGCAUAGAUAAUUUUUUAAAAAAGAGAGUGUAUUGAUUAUCAGGAAAAUGAAGGGUUAUAAUACUUGAA